AUGGGGCCCGGGCUGCCCAAGCCGCCCCCCGGGCUCUCCCCGCAGGGGCUGCUCACCUUCGGCUACAUCGUGCUGCUGUCGCGGGUCGGGGAGCAGGUGGCCAGCAGCAUGCGGACGGCGCUCUUCUCCUCGCUGCUGCGGCAGGACGUGGCCUUCUUUGACGCCACUCGCACGGGGCAGCUGGUGACGCGGCUCACGGCCGACGUGCAGGAGUUCAAGUCCUCCUUCAAGCUCGUCGUCUCCCAGGGCCUGCGCAGCGCCACCCAGAUCGUGGGCUGCUUCGCCUCCCUCUACCUGCUCUCGCCCAAGCUGACGGGGCUCCUGCUGGUGGUGAUGCCCAGCCUGGUGGGCGCCGGUGCCCUCAUCGGCUCCUUCCUGCGUGGCCUGUCCCGCCAGGCCCAGGAGCAGGUGGCCAAGGCCACGGGGGUGGCGGACGAGGUGCUGGGGAACGUCCGGACUGUGCGGGCUUUUGCCAUGGAGGACAGGCAGCUGGAGGCGUACUGCACCGAGGUUCAGCGGUCGGGCCAGCUGAACGAGCGGCUGGGCGUGGGCAUCGCCGUCUUCCAGGGCCUGUCCAACGUGGUGCUGAACUGUAUCGUGCUGGGCACCAUCUUCACGGGCGGUGCCCUGCUGGCAGGGGAGGAGCUCUCGGCCGGGGACCUCAUGUCCUUCCUCGUGGCGUCGCAGACGGUGCAGAGGUCCAUGGCCAACAUCUCCGUCCUCUUUGGGCAGGUGGUGCGCGGCCUCAGCGCCGGCGCACGCGUCUUCGAGUUCAUGACCCUGGAGCCGGCCGUGCCUCUGUGCGGGGGGGCCCGGAUCCCCAGCCACGCGCUGCGGGGCUGCAUCUGCUUCCAGGGCGUCUCCUUCAGCUACCCGACACGUCCCGGCUACCAGGUGCUGCGGGACCUCAGCCUCACGCUUCCGCCCGGCAAGACGGUGGCCAUCGUGGGACCCUCGGGCGGAGGGAAGUCGACGGUGGCAGCGCUCCUGGAGCGCUUCUACGAGCCCACGCAGGGGACGGUGACGCUGGACGGCUGUGAGCUCGGCAGCCUGGACCCCUUGUGGCUGCGGGGGCAGGUCAUCGGCUUCAUCAGCCAGGAACCCGUGCUCUUUGGAACGACUGUGAUGGAGAACAUCCGCUUUGGCAAGCCCGGCGCCUCCGACGCUGAGGUCUACGCCGCGGCCCGGCGUGCCAACGCCGACGGCUUCAUCCGCAGCUUCCCCGAGGGCUAUGACACCAUCGUGGGCGAGCGGGGCGUGACACUGUCGGGGGGCCAGAAGCAGCGCAUAGCCAUUGCCCGGGCGCUCGUCAAGGAUCCCGUUGUGCUGAUCCUGGACGAGGCCACGAGCGCGCUGGACGCUGAGUCAGAGCGGGUAGUGCAGGAGGCGCUGGACCGGGCCGCCGCUGGCCGCACCGUACUAGUCAUCGCCCACCGCCUCAGCACCGUGCAGGGCGCCGACCUCAUUGUGGUGCUAGACGGCGGGCGCGUCGCCGAGACAGGAACGCAUGCAGAGCUGCUGCGCCGGGGCGGCCUCUACGCCGAGCUGAUCCGCAGGCAGGCGCAGGAGCAGCCUGAGCUACACUGACCAUUGCCUGGGCGGGAGCGGAGUCGGUGCAGGGAGGACCCAGGCCCGGCUGGCAUGAUGCCCUCUACCUCUGCCCUGGGGGCCUGGUGCUGGCCUGGAUCCUGUGUGGGGGGCGCAGCAGGGCUGCCUGCCCCACCCUGCUUGGUUUGUUUAGAGGUUUCUUCAAUAAAGCCUGGCCGGGAGCAGGCAGCACUGGCACCGUGGUGGGU